CUCUGUCCCAUGUGCGCUCUCUCACUCUCUCUCUCUCUCUCUCUCUCUCUCUCUCUCUCUCUCCCUCCCCCCCCCCUGUAUAUGUGUCUCUCUGUUUCUGUCUCCCGGACUCUGUGUAUGUGUCUCUCUGUCUUUGUGUAUGUGUCUCUCUGUGUAUAUGUCUGUCUUUGUCUCUGUCUGUCUCUGUCUCUGUCUCUGUCUCUGUCUCUGUCUCUGUCUCUGUCUCUGUCUCUCUCUCUCUCUCUCUCUCUCUCUCUCACACACACACACACACACACACACACACACAGAGCCCAGGGUGCCACACACCUCCCCAUCCAUCCACCUCCACAUGUCCAAGUUGGUACCCUGUGAAAAGCAUGGUGAUUCCAGGAUUUACUUGGAUCUCACAAAAUGCUAUGGCAAGUAGCGAGUGACCUCGGACUUCUUGUCAAGUUACUGCCAACACAGUAGAAUGGUGUAGUGACCAUUAUAGCUCUCAUUUCUCUUCCACACAUAAAAGCUCUCUGAAUGACAAAAUAAAAUCUUCACUGAAUGGGCUGGAGAAGUGGCUCUGUAAUUCAUAGCAUUUGCAGCUUUCCAGAGGACCUAGGUUUGGUUCCCAGCACCCACAUGGCUCACAACCAUCCACAUCUCCAGUUCUAGAGGAUCCAGAGACCUCUCUUCUGCACCAGCGCUGCACACAUGCGAUUCUAUGACAAGGUACUUUCUUUGCACGAGGACUUGAAGAUCCCUGUAGUGAAUCCCCUACUUGCCUUCACUCUCAUCAAACGUCUGCAGUCUGACUGGAGGAAUGUGGUACACAGUCUGGAAGCCACUGAGAACAUCCGAGCUCUGAAGGAUGGUUAUGAGAAGGUGGAGCAAGACCUUCCUGCCUUUGAGGACCUCGAGGGAGCAGCAAGGGCCCUGAUGCGACUGCAGGACGUGUACAUGCUCAACGUGAAGGGCUUGGCCCAGGGCGUCUUCCAGAGAGUCACGGGCUCCUCCAUCACUGACCUGUACAGUCCCAGGCAGCUCUUCUCUCUCACAGCGGAUGACUGCUUCCAAGUUGGCAAGGUGGCCUAUGACACGGGGGAUUACUACCAUGCCAUUCCGUGGCUGGAGGAAGCUGUCAGUCUCUUCCGAAGAUCUUACGGAGAGUGGAAGACAGAGGAUGAGGCCAGUCUGGAAGACGCCCUGGAUUAUUUGGCCUUUGCCUGUUACCAGGUAGGAAAUGUUUCGUGUGCCCUCAGCCUCUCUCGAGAGUUCCUUGUCUACAGCCCAGACAAUAAGAGGAUGGCCAGGAAUGUGUUGAAAUACGAAAGGCUCUUGGCUGAGAAUGGUCACCUGAUGGCGGCUGAGACAGCAAUUCAGAGGCCCAACGUACCCCACCUCCAGACCAGGGACACCUAUGAGGGGCUAUGCCAGACCCUGGGCUCCCAGCCAACACACUACCAAAUCCCCAGCCUCUACUGCUCCUACGAGACCAAUUCCAGCCCCUACCUACUGCUCCAGCCCGCACGCAAGGAGGUCAUCCACCUGCGGCCCCUCGUGGCUCUCUACCAUGAUUUCGUCAGUGAUGAGGAAGCCCAGAAAAUCCGAGAGCUCGCAGAACCGUGGCUCCAGAGAUCAGUGGUGGCUUCAGGGGAAAAGCAGUUACAAGUGGAGUACCGCAUCAGCAAAAGUGCCUGGCUAAAGGACACGGUUGACCCAGUGCUGGUGACCCUUGACCGCCGCAUUGCUGCCCUCACAGGCCUCGACAUCCAGCCUCCGUACGCAGAGUAUCUCCAGGUGGUGAACUAUGGAAUUGGAGGGCACUAUGAGCCUCACUUCGACCAUGCUACGUCGCCCAGCAGCCCCCUGUACAAGAUGAAGUCCGGGAACCGAGUGGCAACGCUUAUGAUAUAUCUGAGCUCCGUAGAAGCUGGAGGAGCCACAGCCUUUAUCUAUGGCAACUUCAGUGUGCCUGUGGUUAAGAAUGCUGCACUGUUUUGGUGGAACUUGCACAGGAGUGGAGAGGGGGAUGAUGACACACUUCACGCUGGCUGCCCUGUGCUGGUGGGAGACAAGUGGGUGGCCAACAAGUGGAUACACGAGUAUGGACAGGAAUUCCGAAGACCCUGCAGCACCAAUCCUGAAGACUGAAACACUGGCAGAUGGCAGCUUGUCACCGAAGCCAGCCAGGAGUCAAAGCCAAGGGCAGAGGGGAGCAGAUCCUCCUGAAGGAAGGCCUCCAGCAAGGGAAGAUCUAGAAUAGGUCUUCAGCAGGAACCAUCUCUCAAUCCCUAAUUUGCAUCUGUUUCUACUCUAGCUGUGAGACUUAGAGGGCAACACAAAAGAGGCCUAAGAGGCUUCGAGGGCUCAGAUAUCCUUGGGAGGGAAAGAAAUGAACUCAGUGUAGAAACUGAUUGUUUAGAAUGUGCAAAUGCCUGAUUCAGUUCACUAACACUGAACACACACCACACACAUACACACACCCAUACACCCACAUGACCCUCACACACAGACAUGCACACACACACACACACACACACACACACACACACACACACACACACGCAUGCAUGCACUCUCUGCAAACAAUAUAUGGGUUGACUUCUACUCCUGCUCCAGGAGGAGAGUCUGACCCAGAGGUCUUCAUUCCUAUCACCAGUGGGAAUAUAUAUCAUGUGAUGACUUUUUUUUAAAAGUGGAAAACAAUUUUUUUGUGAUUUUUUAAAUUGUCAUUAAAAUGUUUUAAAUUUA